AUGGAGCUCGACAGCCCUACGUCUCCAACUCACCCGCCCACCGUCGAGGAGGAAGCAUACGAAAUCGCCCCUCGCGCCCCAGCGCCCGGCCAACCAUACCGCACUCAAGACCUGCAUCCGAAAUUCGUCUAUGCAGAAGAACUACAUGAACCAACCGAGUCUCGAGAACGGCGGCACGCAGCGCUAGGUGUGCUGGAUGAUUUGGAAAUGCUCAUGUUCCACGCCGUUUCUAACAAUGAGUCAAUUCCCCAAACAAGACAACGAUUCAUUCACUCCCUUGCUCGCAGGCCAGCUGAUAAACCGCCUCUACGCAAAUACGUGGUACAUGACAUUGAAGCAGGCAGGCUUCUACAGGCUCACAAGUCCGAUGCUGUAGGCGCUAGUCUUACGGGGAUGAUGCCCAAGUCUAUGCCGGGACGGAGGUGGAUGGAUGACGGGCGGUCGUCGACUGGCACCAUUGAUGCGGCCAGAACGGAUACGCCGAUCGUUGAUAUCGUGGAGGUUAAUGGUGGGUGGAGAAAUGAAUAUAUCCCACACAACACCGGUGUUGGCGUUGGAGUUGGCGUUGGGAAUAUUGCUGGUGGUGGUGGUGGUGGUGGUGCAGGUGCGGGUAGUGGUGCUGUGUCGAGUUCAGGUUCUUCUAGGAAGGGGAAGGGAAGAGCAUGA